AUGACCGCCGUCAGCGAUGGCCCGUAUCCGGACUCCGACAUCCAGGACCGCCGCCAGAAGAGACAUCCCAAGACCAAUGCGACCACGGGCGCCUCCGCUGCGGGCAUCCGCGCCCUGUCGGUGCAGUUCAUGACUUUCUAUUUCCGUGCUCCGAUCAAAGCUUUCUUCAGGUCUCGUAUAGACUCCCUAGCCGCGCUCUGUGAAAUGCCGAUGCUCAUGCUCCGUCUCCAGGCCUAUGCGAGAGCAAUCAACCCACGCGUCCAGGCAAACCUACCGUGGUCAUGGCGGAUGACGGCCCCUGCGAUCCUCGCCCACGCUGUGCGGGAACAUGGAUGGACUUUUAUUCCGAACCAGGUUCUGCCGCCUAUGCUAGCAAACGUUACGAUUGGAGCCGUCCUGUACACUGGCUAUUUACAGUGUCUGGGAGCCCUUCACGAGCCGUCCUCCCAUUCUGCGAAGAGAGUCUACCCACCCGCGCCCCCGCAGGAUACGUUUGCGGCUGGGUUCGCGGCCGGAGUCAUCCAGUCUGUUAUUGCUGCUCCCCUUGAUGCCCUUCAGGUCCGCUUCCAAACCAGCGACAUGCUUGAGGGACGCUACAAAAAUAUGUGGCAGUACGGAGCCCACAAGCUCCACGAGAUCGGCCUCCGGGGUGUCUUUGCCGGAUGGUCUCUAUCUGUCCUGAAGGAUUCUUUUGGUGCAGGGGUUUUCUUCACCACUUUUGAGUACAUCAAAUCGCAGAUGUACUACCAAUUUGUGAGGGAGUACUACGGGAGACACACUCCCGUGUUUGAAUGGCACCCCUGGAAGUCGACCAUCCAGUACAUUGAAGGCGAACGCCCGACGAUCAAGCCUCAUUUCAUGAUGGAGCCGACAUUCCUCUUGAUGGCGGGAAUUGCCGCCUCGAUAGCCCAGCAGGCCGUUGCACAUCCCCUUACAGAAAUCCAGAACGUGCAUUACAGCCGUCUGGAGUCUAUGGAUUUUGCUGCGCAGCAAGAGAAUAACAAGCGCUCCGUGUUUCGCCUCUAUUAUCAUGCUUACGAAAAGACGUUCGAGCAGUGCCGUCUCCAAGCUCGGCGCAUGGGAGGGUGGAGACACUGGCUUUAUAAAGACUUUCUUAUGAGCACCGUUCGCCAAGUCCCAAGUACCAGCGCCGGACUGAUCGUUUUCGAGAUUGUCCGGAGAAAGUACGGCCUGGUUGCAAAUCCUGCUAGAAUAGAGAAGGAUGGCUAUGAUAUCAUGUUGGAUUAG